CGCCCUACGGACGUCGGCUAGUUAGCAAAGAUGGUCAAGUACGCUCGUGAACCCGAGGACGCGACCAAGUCGUGCAAGGCUCGCGGCAGCGACCUUCGCGUCCACUUCAAGAACAUGCGCGAGACCGCCAUGGCCAUCAAGAAGAUGGGCCUCGAGCAGGCGAAGGCGUACCUCGAGGACGUGAUCGCCAUGCGCCGCUGCGUCGUCUUCCGCCGCUUCUGCGGCGGCGUCGGCCGCACCGCGCAGGCCAAGAACGAGGGCUCCACCAACGGCCAGGGCAGGUGGCCCAAGAAGUCCGCGGAGAUGCUGCUCGGCAUCCUCAAGAACGCCGAGUCUAACGCCGAGGUCAAGGGACUGGACGUCGAGGCUCUCUCCGUCACCCACAUCCAGGUGAACCGCGCCAUCCAGCAGCGCCGCCGCACCUACCGCGCGCACGGUCGCAUCAACCCCUACAUGUCCAGCCCAUGCCACGUCGAGCUCGUCCUCUCGGAGAAGGUUGAGAGCGUGAAGAGGGAGGAGGAUGUCGAGGGCCGCGGCCCCAAGGUGACCCGCAAGCAGGCCGCGCGUCUCCGCAUCAAGAACGGCUCCACCAACGCCUAAACCUUCGAGUACUUGAUGUCCGGCGUGACUACCACAUGGGGGGGAUCGCAGCUCGGGUGAGAAAGUUGGCAGCACUUAGUUAGGACUGUUUGAUUUGUCAACCGAGGGGCGAAAACAAUUUGAAAACU